AUGGUCUCCAUCCCACGGAGGCAAAAGGAAGCUCUUGCAUCUAGAUGCGCUUUACUUGAGCGGGCUCUUGCUGAAGCCAUCCCUUCCGACCGUGAAAGAUUGAAGCUUCUCGAGUAUCUACAAUCAGCCGAUGAUCACCAAGCGCAAGCAUUGGAGGAUGUUGACCAAGAAAUUGCUGAGGACGACCAGAAUGUCCGAGAAGGCCGUAUUCUCCAGGAUCCUGAUGGCACAGUGCGCUACCUAGGAGAAUCUUCUGGCGCCACGUUUCUCAACCACUUACGGGAGUACAUGGCGACAGUAUUUCCCCUGACAUUCGACUCCACUGGCCCGACUGCUUCAAAUCCAGACACAGCUUUCAUAUCUGCCCUAGGCAGAUAUCAAACUCAUGACAGUAGACCCCUGUUAACGUCGAGUGUGGAUCCCUUGCUAUUACCAACCCAGGAGGAGGCGCUUAAUAUGUUGACUGAACUGCGUUAUUGCGCACAGGAUGGCGGCGACACUUUUCAAUCAGGCGGCAUCUACUAUUGGCUCAACCCACAGAGUCUAAUGCUGGAGUACCAAGCUUUUCUUGAUGCUAAUGGUGCGCUCGAUAUGAGCCCAAACAUGGUCCUUGCCAAUGCUGCUUUCGCAGUUGCUUGCCAAUUGAAUCCCCACUGUGCACCUGGUUGGGAAUCCGAAUAUGGCCAAACCUUCUUUGCUCGAGCGAAGAAUUCUCUGGGAAGCCCCCUUGAUGCAUUUGUCGUCAACGAUGCAAGCGUCCUAGCUCUGCUAAGCUUCUAUCUACUGAACAAUAAUCGACGCGAUCUUGCUUAUAUUUACGUGAGUGUUGCCAUGCAUAUUCUGAUAGUCCAUGGUGUUCACCGAGCCUGGAUGGUGGAUGAGCAUGGCAAGAGGCUCUUUUGGACGGUAUACAUUUUGGAUCGAUGGCUGAGCUGUCUAAUGGGUAGGCCAGCCCUCAUCUCUGAUGAUGCCAUAAAACUAGAUCUGCCUCGAGACGCUGGAGGAUUGCCUCCAGCAGCUGGCCUUCGAGCCCACGUUGAACUUGCGAGAGUAUCUAAUUACAUAGUAUCGAAUGUCUACGACAUUUCACGCCAUAGCGAUGCACCUGUCAAGACAACAUUAUGCAUCCAUAAAGCGAUGGGCUUUCUGCGAUCCUGGCAUCAAAGCCUUGUCCCGGUGGUGCAGGAUACCGAAGAGAACUUGAAAAGCGACCGUGGUGUCUGUGAACUACAUAUGGCACACAAUCAGUUGGUCAUCCUUACCGUCCGCCCGCUGCUGUUCAUCGCCGUCAAGAAAGUGACUGCCGAUAUGGUGUUGAACGGGCGAGCAACCAACCACGACAUCUCUUACCAAAACGAGCUCGACCUCUCUGCUGAGGUCUCAAGACGAAAUGUGCAUUUAUGGCGCAGCUUGUUGAAACUGCCGAGGCCUGCAAGAUCAUCACACACGAGCAUCCACUAUCUCUUCAAUGCCGCCUUGACCCUACAGCUCUAUCAGAUCCUGGUGGAAAGUCAAGCACAGGGGGAUUAUGCAGAAGUCGGAUUCGUGAUAGCUAUCCUAGAUGCAGACGACAGCACCAACAAAGAGUAUGCAAGAGAUUGUUCAAACGUUCUGACAGAUCUAAGUUCGCUCAUGGAAAGGUUGAAAGGGGUGGAUCUAUCCAAAGCUGCAGGUCGAGGCGCUAUCUCGCGUGGGAAUGGCAUUGCCCUGCACCCUUUCACCACUGCUAUGUCAUCACCAAGUGAGGGUACGGGGACUGCGAGUGCUAGCGACUCCCUCAGCCAGUAUGCUCACUCGCGAGAGACUAAUGAUGCCUUACGUCCCGAUCAGAGAACGAGCUCGUCGUUUGAUUCUCGAGAGACUGCCUACCACGAACUGCUCUCAUGGCUGCGUACAGACGAGCUACAGCAAAAAUUCGACUUCCCUCACCGCCUGGGAUAA